CGUGAAAACAACUGUCUCGCACUAUCGCGCGAUAGCCCAGCUGACUAGCUGCACUGCCGCCCUACCGCGCCGCAUACCCUGCUGCUCGUGCAGUGCUACCAAAGAUUUCUGUGUUUUUUUUUCUUCAGUCUUAGCAAUGGCGAUCGUGAAAGUUUUCCUUUUAGUCUUGGCGGUAUUGCCCAUAGUUCUGGCUGACACUCCGGCUAACUGCACUUAUGAUGAUCUCGUGGGACGGUGGGUGUUUAAAGUGAGUGCCGGAGGGGGCGACAAUACACUCAACUGCACCAGUCCAGGACCGGUGGACCACAUGGUCAUUGUCGACCUCAAGUUUCCUGAUGUCGCUCUAGAUGUGACCUACGGCCAUGAGGGAUAUUGGACCCUGAUCUACAACCAAGGCUUUGAGGUGGUUCUCAACAACAAGAAAUACUUUGCCUUCUCCAAGUAUGUAAAAGAGGGCGAAAAAUAUAAGAGCAUGUGUGAUGAGACUUUACCUGGCUGGUCCCACAACGUGGUGGGUACCGACUGGGCAUGCUACGUCGGCACCAAGAAUCAGACUAGAAAUCGACCACGUUCAGAGACACUUGUGGAUCCAAUGAAGCAAUUGUACAAAACAGACUACGAGCUCAUCAAUAACAUUAACUCGGCUCAGAACUCCUGGACUGCCGGAGUUUAUCCGGAAUACGAGAAAAUGACGGUAGAGGAGAUGCUUCGCAGAAGGGGAGGCAGAGCAUCAAUGAUGGCAUCGAAACCUAGUCCAGCUCCAGUCACAGAGAAGGUGAGAAAGCUAGCAGAAACACUUCCCCCAUCCUUUGACUGGCGCACCAUCAACGGCCAGAACUUUGUGUCGCCCGUAAGGAACCAGGGAGGCUGCGGUAGCUGCUAUGCCUUUGGGUCUUUGGCCAUGCAUGAGGCUCGUCUACGCAUCGCUUCCAACAACACCAAGCAGACGGUCUUUGCACCCCAGGAAGUCGUGUCAUGCAGCGAGUAUUCCCAAGGUUGUGAGGGUGGAUUUCCAUAUCUGAUCGCCGGCAAGUACGCUGAAGAUUUUGGUCUGGUAGAAGAGUCCUGUAGUCCCUACGUCGGAAUGGACACGCCUUGUAAGAAGACCACCUGCAAGCGUUACUACGGAACCGACUACAAAUACGUUGGGGGAUUCUACGGUGGAUGCAACGAAGAGUUGAUGCGGAUGGAACUGGUCAAGAACGGACCCAUCACUGUGGCCUUUGAGGUCUACCCCGACUUUGAGGCGUACAAGAGUGGGAUUUAUCACCACGUUUUUGCGGGUGACCGCUACGGCCACAGCUUUGACCCCUUUGAGCUGACCAAUCAUGCUGUGCUUGUGGUCGGUUAUGGCGCAGAUUCUACAACCGGGGAGAAGUUCUGGAGCGUCAAGAAUAGCUGGGGGGCAGGUUGGGGGGAGAAGGGAUAUUUCCGUAUCCGGCGUGGCACUGAUGAAUGCGCAAUUGAGAGCAUUGCUGUCGUGUCGUUCCCAAUUUUCCCAUAAUUGGGUUACGAUGCAAUUGCUUGAGGCUGAUUGUUAAUCUCUGCAUUUUCAUCAAUGCGAAAAAAAACCCAAAUUCACUUAAUUUUAGAAACUAGGCUUUUAACAGUUUGUACGGCUAGUACCAUAAUAGUGUACAGCAACUGCCAGCUUUGAUCAGUACUCAGUCAAAUUAUGAAUGGAAAAAAAAAAAGAACUGUGCCAAUCAGCUCCGACAAUUUUGUAAAAGUUAGGUCUUGAAUAACGUUUGAUGAAAUGUGUACUAUAUAACUAUUUUUAAUUGAAACAAUACUGAUUGAAAGUAAUAUGAAAUGGUGAUUGGAGUAUAAUGACAUGAAUUAAUUGAUCAUUUCAUUUCGAUUUUGGUUUGUAAAUGUUCAUAUGCACUGAUUAUUUCACCUUCAGUCAAUGGUGAUCGUUCUUGUAUCGUAAGUUUCUGAACUGAAAUAUGUGUAUAAUUAUGAUGGGAAAAACUUUUUAUUAUAAAGUUAUUAGUACUUCAAGAUAUAUGUAGGAUCAUUUGCUAUUUGUGAACUUUUUUGAAGCAACAAAAUAGCUCAUAAUAGUAAGUAGGGUGUAUAACAAUUAACCAGUUGAAGUUUUAGAUCGGUGGUUACAUUGUGAGAAAACAUGCAUAUUUUAGAGCCUCAUGACUGGAUUCCAUUUCUGAUGCACUUUAAAAAAA